UCAGCAACACCUGCCCCUUCUAUAGUUCUAUUCCAUUCAUUCCUUCCCUCCCUAUAAUAUAUAUUUACUCUGUUUUAACUUUUCUUUUCUCUCUCUCUCUCUCUCUCUCUCUCUCUUUGUUAUUCAAUUGCACCCAUCAUCCUCCCUCUACCCACGCUUUGCUCAAUUUGUGGCGCAUGUUCUUCUAACUCCUUCCUCUUACCAUCAUCAUGCCACCUUGCUUUUCAAUUUUCUUAGGCACUCUCUGACUUCUCCACUAUCUCUUCCUUUUUUUAUUGAGUGCUAAAUUGAUCCCCAAAACCACACUUGAGUAGUCAAGUAUGAAACUUUGAUAUACUUUUGGGUUCUUCUUGUUGUCUACCUUGAUGGGUCUUCUCCAAUUUCUGAGCUUGAUAUGAGUUUUCACUACUCAAAGGUGAUUAUAGAAGCCUCAGAGUGAUAGUUUGAAAUCUGCAGGCAGCAGAUUUUGAAGGGAAGUGGUGGCAGCUAUGGUUGCUGAAGCUUGGAUAGUAAAGAUGGGUAACCAGGUAAGUUCAAAUCUCAAGCAUGCUCUUCUCCUUGAAAAUUUGACAAAGAGAAAACAGAGUCACAAAAAGUCUGAUACCAAAGAAACUAUAGGUAUUCUUUCUUUUGAAGUAGCAAAUGUGAUGUCUAAAACUGUGCACCUCCACAAAUCACUCUCAGAGUCUGAGAUCUCAAAGCUAAGAAAUGAGAUCUUGAACUCAGAGGGUGUUAACAAUUUGGUUUCCUCUGAAGAGGGUUAUCUUCUUGAGCUGGCUCUGGCUGAGAAGCUUGAGGAGUUGAACCGUGUUGCUAGUGUGGUUUCUAGGUUGGGGAAGAAGUGCUCUGAGCCUGCUUUGCAAGGGUUUGAGCAUGUGUAUGGGGACAUUGUUGGUGGGGUCAUAGAUGUCAAGGAAUUGGGGUUCUUAGUUAAGCAUAUGGAAGGAAUGGUGAGGAAAAUGGAUAGGUAUGUUAGUGUCACCAGGAAUUUGUACAGUGAAUUGGAGGUGCUGAGUGAAUUGGAGCAAGCAGUGAAGAAGUUUCAGCAUAAUCAGCAUGAAGAGAGUAGAAGGGCGUUUGAGCAGAAACUUGUAUGGCAGAAACAAGAUGUUAGGCAUCUUAAGGAUAUUUCCCUUUGGAACCAGACAUUUGAUAAGGUUGUUGAGUUGUUGGCGAGGACAGUUUGCACCAUUUAUGCUAGGAUUUCUGUGAUUUUCGGUGAGUCUGCUUUGAGGAAGAAUAGCCUUGGGGUCGGUGGAGGCUCGCCGGGUAUGCAAAAUGAAUGUGGGUUUGUGUCUGGCCAAAUUAAUGUUCAGAUGAGUUCUGAGAGGUUGAAAUUGAAACGCAAUCCAAGCAACAGAAAUGGAAUUCAUCCAGAUUCGGCAGGGAGAACGGCCGUGGUGGAGAGAAGGGGAACUGCUAGGAGGAAGACUCAGAUAGAUAUGAGGAGAGGUGAGCUAGCAUCGAUUCGACCCGAAGACUUCGAUUUUCCAUGUGGAACAAGUCCAGGGAGACUUUUCAUGGAAUGUCUAAGUUUGAGUAGCUCAGUUGCAAAAUUUGAUGAUACUGAUGAUGGUUAUGUUAUCCAUCCGGAGGAUCAAUAUAGUGGAAGUGUUGGGAUUGGGAAUAGUAGCACGAAAAGGGAGCACUUGUGCCAUUCCGGUGUUCUAAGUCAUGCUCAAAGCAGUAUUCCUUUCACCGGAGAUCUGAGACCAGCCAAAUCCGGUGUACAAAGUUGCUCAACAUUUGGUCCCAGAAUUUGGUUAACUGUUUAUGCUCCUCCUUCCACGCUUGGAGGCUCUGCUCUAGCUUUGCACUAUGCCAAUGUUAUAAUGGUCAUUGAGAAGCUGCUUCGCUACCCGCAUUUAGUUGGUGAGGAAGCAAAGGAUGAUCUAUAUGAGAUGCUUCCAACAAGUUUAAGGUUGUCUCUUAAGGCUAAACUGAGGUUAUAUGUCAAGAAUUUGGCUAUAUAUGACGCCCCUCUUGCCCAUGAUUGGAAGGAGAAGCUUGAUGGGAUACUUAGGUGGCUCGCCCCGCUUGCUCAUAAUAUGAUCAGAUGGCAAAGUGAGCGAAAUUUCGAGCAGCACCAAAUCGUUAGCCGGACGAAUGUUCUGCUACUUCAGACAUUGUACUUUGCUGACCGGGAAAAGACUGAGGAAUCAAUCUGUGAGCUUCUUGUCGGGUUAAAUUACAUAUGUCGUUAUGAACAACAACAAAAUGCGCUACUGGAUUGUGCAAGCAGUUUUGAUUUUGAAGAUUGCAUGGAGUGGCAACUGCAAUGUGGAGCUUCUUUUCUCAAUUGAAUACAUUCUAAAUUUUGAAAUCCUCGGUACGGUGAGCAUUUUCUUAUCUUAUGAGGAUACUGUAUUAGAUUAUUGGUACAAUGUGGAAUUCUGAACUUUGCACAUUGAAGACUAAUAUAUUAUUGAAGACGUGAAAGUAUAGUUGUAUUUGAUUAAAAUUUGACCUGUGCAGUACAUAAGCAGUCAUAUUUAUAAAGGGGCAUAAAAGUUCAUGCCAAACUUGUAAAUAUGUUUAUGUACAGAUUGCUUAUUGCUUAGAGUAUGCCUUGUUAGAAUUCUUCUCUUGAAAAACACAGACUGGCGUUGGUUUCAUAAUCCUAAAGCUGGUGCUGAUUUGUUGGUGCAUGAAUUUCUAUUCUAGUUCUGUAUUAUGAUCAAGCACCUGGUUUUCUUGCUUGUAAAUUAAUUCUCCCUUAUUCUUUGUUAAAUUGGUUCAUAAUGCCUUUUCAUAUAAUGAAUGCAUUGUAAUUAGAGGGCAUAUUUUUUACCCUUAUGAAAA